AUGAAGAAGACUCCAACAACCAUGAAUACCACCAAAGAGUUUGAAGAUCAUUUUACGUUAACUACUAUCAUCCUGACAAUAAAACUGGUGAGCGCAUUCGCUGCCGACAAUGAAAUCCCAACAGAAUGUCCGCAAGUGGACCCGAUUAAUACAACCAUUCACAUUGCUCACGAGCUUGACUGCUCAAAAUUUUAUGCCUGCUCGAACGGUCGUAAAAUCUUGAUGAUGUGUCCUUUGAUGGAUGGAGCUGGCAACAGACUACAUUUCAACCCCAAGUUACAAGUUUGUGACUGGCCAUAUCGAGCUGGAUGCAAUGUAUCUACUAGUACGACUGCAGUCCCUACGGAAGCGGCAAGUGUAGGCACAGAUAAUUCAACUGAGUGGGCGGUAACCACUGAGUCGACGGAAGCUAAUAACUCUUCAAAAAUAACAGAAGCUACGACGGAAGUUAUUACAGAAUCAUCAACUAGUGAGGAAUCAACGGUAACCGUGUCUCCAGGAUCAAAUUCUACUGUUACACAAGCUACGACGACAUCUGCAUCAUCAACGGUUCAAGAAACUGAGAGUACUAGACCUUCUGAAGCAACGUCUGUUACAACUCAGGAACCUUCAAUGCCUAGUUCUACUGAAACAGAAGCUCAGCCAUCAAUAACAACCCAAUCAACGGUUCAAGAAACUGAUAGUACUUCUAUACCUUCAGAAUCAACGUCUGUUACAACUCAGGAGCCUUCAGUGCCUAGUUCUACCGAAACAGAAGCUCAGCCAUCAAUAACAACCCAAUCAACGGUUCAAGAAACUGAAACAACUUCUAGACCUUCUGAAGCAACAUCUGUUACAACUCAGGAACCUUCAGUGCCUAGUUCUACUGAAACAGAAGCUCAGCCAUCAAUAACAACCCAAUCAACGGUUCAAGAAACUGAUAGUACUACUAUACCUUCAGAAUCAACGUCUGUUACAACUCAGGAACCUUCAGUGCCUAGUUCUACCGAAACAGAAGCUCAGCCAUCAAUAACAACCCAAUCAACGGUCCAAGAAACUGAAACAACUUCUAGACCUUCUGAAGCAACAUCUGUUACAACUCAGGAGCCUUCAGUGCCUAGUUCUACUGAAACAGAAGCUCAGCCAUCAGUAACAACUCAAUCAACGGUCCAAGAAACUGAAACAACUGCUAGACCUUCUGAAGCAACAUCUGUUACAACACAGCAGCCUUCAGUGCCUAGUUCUACCGAAACAGAAGCUCAGCCAUCAAUAACAACUCCAUCGACGGUUCAAGAAACUGAUCCAACUUCUGUAACUACUAAUAGACCGACAGAAUCAACAACUUUUUUAACAUCAUCAACAUCUCAAACCAUCACCACCAAUCAAACGGAAACAACAAACACCACCAUCACUCAAAUCAUCAGCACCACCAUUCCCACCAUAAUCACCACCGAUGACUUUGAAUCCAAUGAAACAAUCUCCACACUACCUACUCCACUUCCUGAAUGCACAUCAAGUGUAUCUGGAAUUUUAUAUCCACAUGAAUCUGACUGCUCUUUAUUCUACAACUGUGACCACGGUAAAUUAGUUCUAUUAAGUUGUGCCCAAGGACUCUAUUUCGAUGGACUUCGUCAAGUCUGUGUGUGGCCUCACGAAACCAAUUGUCAAAAAUCAACAGAACUUAAUCCUUCUACGACAAUUUCUUCCAUUUCUACAACGAUACCAAUAGCAACUAACAUCUCAGACUUAUGUCCCACUGACAAUUCAAAAAAUGGAGUAUUGUAUCCCCACGAAUGUGUAUGCAGUAAAUUUUAUCUCUGUACUAACGGACAACUUGUUUUGAAUCAGUGUCCUGCUGGUUUGAAUUUUGAUUCAAAAUUGAAGAUUUGUGAUUGGCCAGAAAACGUUCAAUGUCAGUCAUCUUCACCUUCAGUGUCUUCAACAACUGCUAAAUUGUCAACGACAACAUUGAGUAGCUUAGUAGAAACCAUAAAGCCCGUAGAGCCGAAUUCAACCGAGUCUGGUAAUUUGAUCGACCAACCAGCGGUAUCAAAAUCUGAAUGCCCAGAAGAUGGAUCUGAACCGCUGCUUCCUCAUGAAACUAAUUGUCGGCUUUACUACGACUGUAAAGACGGUGAAAAAUGGUUGAAGGAAUGUUCAUCUGGAUUAGAAUUCAAUCCUACGCUUCAAUUUUGCGAUCGGCCUGAACUCGCUGGAUGCUCCAACUCGGAAAGCAAUCAGGAAACUACUGUACGAAAAAUUGAAACUUCUGAAGCAGUAAGUGAGACUUCUGAGCAAGUUGAUGAAUCAUCUACUUCCAAAAAUGAAACUUCUGUAUCAGAUACAUGUUUAAGACCCUGUCCCGCGAAUGAUCCCAUAGAUUAUACAGUUUUGGUUGAACAUCAAAACUGUUCCAAGUUCUGCAAAUGUAGCCAUGGGAUUCCCUACGUAUUAAACUGUCCAGCAGGCCUCCAAUUCAAUUCAUUGGAACAAACUUGUGAUUAUCCCGAGAGAGCUAAUUUAAUCAGCAUAAUUCUUGGAAGUUCCGCAUUGGAAAAAUUUAACAGAGUUGAUAGCGGUUGUAUCGGAACUUGUCCAGGUGAAGACUUCCCUAAUGCUGCGAUACUUUUGGCGCAUAGUAAUUGCUCCAAUUACUGUCACUGCAACCGAAAAAAGGCUGUCGUCAAAAAUUGCGAUCCAAGUUUGAGAUUCAAUUCCCGUGAUGGGAUUUGUGACCGUCCGGAAAAGGUUGAAUGUGAUGUCAGAGGAACAGGCGACUUUGAUCUUGAUAAUUCAUCCGGAACGCUACUCGCGAUCGUCGUUCUAAACGACAUUGCGUCGGCCUCAACAGUCGAAAAUUUCCAACUAAACCCACCGUUUGAACUAUCGAAGAAUAUCGAGCGAAUAGCGUACGAUUGCUACGGCGAAUGUCCAAACGAUCGACUGAACAAAAUUUUCCUUCUCGCUAAUCGGGACAAAACAAAAUAUUGCAAUUGCAAGUAUGGACUUCCAUAUUUACAAGAGUGUCGUUCAAAUUUGGUGUUUAGUCUCGAAGAAGGUGAAUGCUUAGAUCCGAUGCUUAGUAAAUCAACAAAUACCACCAGCUUAACCAAUUUCGUGCAAUCACUUUGGGAAAGAACAUCAGCGGUGUUUGGUUCUAGAAGCAAUUCAUCCCAAGAGAGAGAAAACGACGUGAGAUGUAUUGGAGAAUGUUCAGAUGACAUUGAGAACGUAGCAACCCUCUUACCUCACGAGGACUGUACCAAAUUCUGUCUAUGCAAACACGGUAAUACAAAUGUCAAAACUUGUUUGGAUAAUUUUGAGUUUGAUGCUGAAGAAGGAUCUUGUGUACCGCAUGGAAAAUCACAGUGUAAAAAUUCAAAAAUCGAAUCUAAACCAUCUUAUGAUUGCGUGCGAAAAUGCCCUUCAUAUGGAAAUUUUACAGGUACAAUAAUAAUAGCUCACGAUGAUUGUUUGAAAUACUGUGUAUGCAAAAAAAAUGGUGCUACGGUUGUCAAGGAUUGCCCUUUUAAUUACCAUUUCAGUCCCGAGCAAGUAGCGUGUCUAAAACCAGAAGAGGCAAAAUGUGAUCGCUUAAACGGAACAGUUACCGCUCUUGAGGGAUGUAUUGGCACUUGUUCAAGUACAGAAGACCCUAACAAAGCUUGCUUCCUUGCCCACGAAGACUGUGACAAGUAUUGUAUCUGCAGAAAUCUUAACAUCACUGUGAGAGAUUGCCCUCCUGGCUUGCACUUUCACCUAGAAUCUCAAAAAUGUACAACGAAAGAAGUAGCUGGAUGUGAAGCGGCACCCGAACCUCCUGAAGGAUGUGUUAUUGAAUGUCCUACAGUGUUAGUCGACAAUGUAACUUGUUCAACAGCUCACGUUGACUGCGAUAAAUACUGCUUGUGUGUUAAUGGUCGUCCUAUUGAAAAACAGUGCCCAGAAGGUCUUCACUUUAGUGUGGAUGAGGGGAUUUGCGUUGAUCCUAUAACUGCUGGGUGUAAUACAACAACUACAACAUCAACAACAACAACAACAACUACGACAACUACGACAACUACGACUACGACUACUACAACAACAACACCACCACCACCACCGCCAAUACCUGAAGGUUGUUUGUCCACAGAAUGUGACCUUGAUCCUAACAAAGCAUGUCUUAUCAAGCAUUCAAAUUGCUCAAUGUAUUGCAGAUGUUAUCAAGGAGAAAUAACAAUAAUUUCUUGUGCAGAAGGAUUACAUUUCAGUUUAGAUUAUCUUGAAUGUGUUGAACCUGAAAUUGCUGGUUGUGAGAAUAUAACAACAACAACAACAACAACAACAACAACAACAACAACUACAACGACAGAAGAGCCAAGAGGUCCCUGUGAUUAUACAUGCGGUCCAAAUGGAAAUUGCAAAUGGCCAACUGAUGAUUGCACACAAUAUUGUCAGUGCAAUGAUGGUGAGAUAACUCUUGAAGAUUGCCCAGACGGUUUAAAUUUCAGUCCUACAGUUGGUAUGUGUGUAAGUCCAGAUAUUGCUGGAUGUGAGAAUUCAACAAUAACCACCACCACAACGACGACAACGACGACACCAGCACCACCGGGACCACCAGCAGAAGGUUGCAAUAAUCCAUGUGUAGCCAAUAAUGAUCCCGACAGGAUUUGCCUCGAGCCCAACGAAGACUGCACUAAAUUCUGUGUUUGUCACAAUGGAGUUUCGACGGUAGAGAAUUGUCCGAAUGGUUUGCAUUAUAAUCCAGAACUCAUGACUUGUAUGGACCCAGCAAUCGCAGGAUGUAUACCUUAUGGUUGUAUUGGUGAGUGUCCUUCUGAUUUUGUAAACCCUGACGCAGCUUGUUUGCUAAUUCACGCCGACUGCACCAAAUACUGCCACUGCGUCCGCGGCAAUCCUGUAGUUGAAAAUUGCUACUCGGGCCUGCACUUUAGUUGGGAUCUUGCACGUUGCGAUGAUCCGUUUAUGGUCGAGUGUGACCGGAUUAAUGGAACUGUUCCUUCUUCAUCGACCUCCUGGUUACCUCACGGUCAUUAUUUCAAUCGCCAUUUUUACGCUAAAGAAAUCGACUCGGAAGAUUGUGUUGGAGAUUGUCCUUUGGAGGAUAUCUUUGAUGUGGCUGUUGUGCUGCCGCAUAAGGAUCAGUUCAAAUACUGCCAUUGUAUCAAAGGACGGGCUUACGCUGAACUCUGUCCAGGAAAUUUACGGUUUAAUAUCGCUAAGGCUAAGUGUGUCAAUUGA